CAAUGUGCACCGUAAAACAUAACCAUAUAUUCAAACAAAAAAUCUCUAGCUAACAACAAAGUUAAUGAUACAAAAAUGGAGGAAGUAAUAAGUGAUGAACCCUCCAAUCUCCCCAAACUCCUAAAAGAUGAAGACUUAAGGCAAGAGUGUAAGGACUUGAUGUCAACCUUGCCAAUGGAGCCAACAUACAAACUCUACCAAUACCAAGGUUUUUGGUAUGGAUCUUGGGCUCUUCAAGGAAUCUUAUCUUGUCAAAAGCACUUUGAAGCCAAUGACAAAGAUAUCAUCCUUGUUACCACUCCCAAAUCAGGCACCACUUGGAUUAAGGCUUUGACUUUUGCAUUGCUUAAUAGGAAUAAACAUCCACAUACACAAAAAAAUCAUCCUUUGCUUGUUACCAACCCUCAUAUUCUUGUACCCUUUUUAGAGUCUCUAUUCUAUGAUGAGAAGUAUAUUGUUUCAAACCUUAGCCAAUUUCCCUCUCCAAGGCUACUAUCCAUUCAUGCUCCUUAUGUUUCAUUGCCGAAAUCGGCGAAAGAGUCCAACUGUAAGAUAGUGUAUCUGUGUAGAGAUCCGAAAGAUAUAUCUGUUUCGAUGUGGAAAUUUAUGGAGACGCUUAUGCCGGAAAUUAGAGGAUCCAACUUGUUUGAUGAAUUUUUUGAGUUGUUUUGUAGAGGAGUGAAUCUAUAUGGACCAUUUUGGGAGCAUGUGUUGGAGUAUUGGAAAGAAAGCUUGAAAAGGCCAGAAAAAAUAAUGUUUCUAAGGUAUGAACAAAUGAAAUUGCAUCCUACUUUGGUUUUGAAAAAGUUAGCUGAAUUUUUAGGGUGUCCAUUUUCCAAACAAGAGUUAGAUAAUGGCAUGCUUGAUGAUAUCUUAAAGUUGUGUAGUUUUGAUAACUUGAGAAAUUUGGAGGCGAAUAAAAAAGGAACAAUAUCAAUGUUUGGUUUUGAUAUAGAAAACAAAAGUUUCUUCCGCCGUGGUGAAAUUGGUGAUGGGAAGAAUUUUCUCACAAUGGAAAUGGUUGAGAAAAUAAACACUAUUACUCAAAAGAAAUUCUCUCAAUAUGGCCUAAAUUUUGAGAAUUUUACCAUGGUAUAAUUUAUUUUACGCAUACGUACUUAUUUUGGUUGAUUAUUGUAAUGUAUAUUAAUGAAGCGUUGAUGCAGUAAAAUUUUAAUUUUUUUUUU